AUGCCGUUCCCUCUCGGUGUACGCUUCAUUACUCAUUCUCUUCCCUGUACUUAUCCCGCUUCCAUGAACUCCGGCGCACUAAUCUACUCCUUCCGCUCAGUCCCUAUUCUCUCAAAGGCAUUUCCUUUGAGGUUAACAUACCUUGGUUUAGGGUCCCGCGUCAGUUUCUCUACUAGAACAGAGAGAAUCCGACCCGAAUUCAGGAGGCCGAAUCGUGAUGGAGGAGAGAUUCGCGCGUCCAAGAGCUUGAUUGAGGAUGAGGCAGAGCUCAGUGAUUGGGUGAGCGACUUGAAGACUAGUUCGUUGCGUGCGAAGUUCACGAGCGACGAAGAUGACUCGGGUCCAGACCGUGUUCGUAGAAAUGUAGACAGAGACAGCAGUAGAGGUCCGAAGAGGGGAAGGGAAAGCCAAUCCGAUAGGUUCGGUGGGUCGAGAAGGGAAGGCCAAUCCGAUAGGUUCGGUGGCUCGAGAAGGGAAGGCCAAUCCGAUAGGUUCGGUGGCUCGAGAAGGGAAGGCCAGUCCGAUAGGUUCGGUGGCUCGAGAAGGGAAGGCCAGUCUGAUAGGUUCGGUGGCUCGAGAAGGGGAAAGGAGGGUGAAAUCGAUAGAUUUGAGGGUUCGAACAGGAGGAUAACCAGCGGCGAGCCGGUUGAGUCGUUUAGGAACAAGCGGGUAGGUGAUCGAGAAGGCGUAAGGAACGGUCGGAUUCAAGGAAAUAGUAGUGAGUCGUCUCUUCGUGGAAGGAAAGAGAGAAAUGUAGAUGCAGGGUUUAGGAGAGAGGGGGGUUUGGGGAAACAGACUAGAGAUUCAAGUCAGGAAGAGGAAGAUAGUAGUGACGAGGACGAGAAGAGAGUUGCAUUGGGAAGCAUUGAUGAUUUGCUUAGUGAAGAUAGUAGUGAUGUUGACGAUGAAGAUGAAUAUGAUGAGCCUCUUAUUAAGAAUGCGGCUUCUGCUAAGGCUGUAGAGGCUGAUGAGCCAAGGACUGAAAAUGCUAAAACUUCAGAUUCUUACUUAUCUAAGACAAGAUUUGAUCAAUACCCACUGUCUCCCUUAUCGCUAAAAGCCAUCAAGGAUGCGGGAUUUGAGACAAUGACUGUUGUGCAGGAGGCUACUCUUCCUAUCAUUCUCAAAGGUAAAGAUGUGCUAGCCAAGGCCAAAACAGGCACUGGAAAAACUGUUGCAUUUUUGCUUCCAUCAAUUGAAGCUGUUAUCAAAUCUCCUCCUGCAAGCCGAGAUGUUAGGCAACCUCCAAUUGUUGUGCUUGUGGUAUGCCCUACUCGGGAACUUGCCAGUCAAGCUGCUGCAGAAGCAAAUACCUUGCUCAAGUAUCACCCAUCUAUUGGUGUACAAGUUGUGAUUGGAGGCACAAAGCUUCCUACAGAGCAAAGGCGUAUGCAAACAAAUCCUUGCCAGAUUCUUGUGGCUACACCUGGAAGGCUCAAAGACCAUAUCGAGAAUACUUCUGGAUUUGCGACAAGGUUGAUGGGUGUGAAAGUCCUAGUCCUUGAUGAAGCUGAUCAUCUCUUGGACAUGGGUUUCCGGAGGGACAUUGAGAGGAUAAUCGCUGCUGUUCCUAAGCAGAGACAAACAUUUUUGUUUUCUGCCACGGUACCUGAAGAGGUCCGCCAAAUAUGCCAUAUUGCUCUGAAACGGGAUCAUGAGUUCAUCAAUUGUGUUCAAGAGGGUUCUGACGAGACGCAUCAAAAGGUCACACAAAUGUACAUGAUUGCUUCUCUGGAUAGACAUUUCUCGCUUCUACAUGUGCUUCUUAAAGAACACAUGGCAGAUAAUGUGGACUAUAAGGUUAUUAUUUUCUGCACAACUGCUAUGGUCACAAGAUUGGUGGCUGAUCUGCUUGGUCAGCUAAGCCUGAACGUCAGAGAGAUCCAUUCUAGAAAACCGCAGGGUUACAGAACCAGAGUUUCUGAUGAGUUCCGCAAGUCCAAGAGUAUUAUCCUUGUAACAUCCGAUGUAUCUGCUCGAGGUGUCGAUUAUCCUGAUGUGUCACUAGUCGUACAGAUGGGAUUGCCAUCAGACAGAGAACAAUACAUACAUAGACUUGGCAGAACCGGUCGGAAAGGUAAGGAAGGGGAAGGUGUGCUAUUGUUAGCGCCAUGGGAAGAAUACUUCUUAUCUUCCGUCAAAGACUUGCCUAUCACCAAGUCUCCUCUACCGCCAAUAGAUCCUGAGGCUGUGAAAAAGGUGCAGAGAGGGCUUAGCCAAGUGGAUAUGAAGAACAAGGAGGCGGCGUAUCAGGCGUGGUUGGGUUACUACAAAUCUCAGAAGAUGAUUGCAAGAGACACGACCAGACUGGUGGAGUUGGCCAAUGAGUUUAGCCGCAGCAUGGGACUUGACAUCCCUCCAGCUAUCCCAAAAAAUGUUCUUGGCAAGAUGGGUCUCAAAAACUUCCCUCUCGGUCGACGCUUCCAUCUACUCGUCUCGUUUUCCAUGAGUUCCGAUGGAUCCAAAUCCGGUCGGAAGAGACGAGAGAUUCGCGCAAAACAUUUGAAGACUAGCUCGUUGCGUGGGAAGCUCACGAGUGACAACGAGGAUGACUCGGGAAACCUAGUCAGAGACAACAACAACAGGAGGGGUCCGAAGAGGGCAAGGGAAGGAAAAUCUGAUAAUGACGACAAUGAGCCUCUUGUUAAGAAAGCGGCUCCUACUAAGGCUGUAGAGGCUGUUACGCCAAUGACUGAAAUUGCCAAGACCUCAGAUUCUUACUUGUCUAAGACAAGAUUUGAUCAGUUCCCACUGUCUCCCUUGUCGCUGAAAGCAAUCGUGGAUGCUGGAUUUAAGACAAUGACUGUUGUGCAAGAGGCUACUCUUCCUAUCAUUCUCAAAGGUAAAGAUGUGCUAGCCAAGGCCAAAACAGGCACUGGGAAAACCGUUGCAUUUUUGCUUCCAUCAAUUGAAGCUGUUCUCAAAUCUCCUGCUGCAAGCCGGGAUAAUAAGCAACCCCCAAUUAUUGUGCUUGUGGUAUGCCCCACUCGGGAACUUGCUUGUCAAGCUGCUGCAGAAGCAAAGAUCUUGCUGAAGUACCACUCAUCUAUUGGUGUUGAAGUUGUGAUUGGAGGCACGAAGCUUCCUUCAGAGCAAAGGCGUAUGCAAAAGAAUCCUUGCCAGAUUCUAGUGGCUACACCUGGAAGGCUGAAAGACCAUAUUGAUAACACGUCUGGAUUUGCCACAAGGUUGAAGGGUGUGAAGGUCCUUGUACUUGAUGAAGCUGAUCAUCUCUUGGACAUGGGUUUCCGAAGGGAUAUUGAGAGGAUAAUCGCCUCGGUUCCUAAGCAGAGACAAACAUUUUUAUUCUCUGCCACGGUAUCUGAAGAGGUCCGCCAAAUAUGCCAUGUUGCUCUGAAACGGGAUCAUGAGUUCGUUAAUUGUGUUCAAGAGGGUUCUGACGAGACGCAUCAAAAGGUCACACAAAUGUACAUGAUUGCAUCACUAGAUAGACAUUUCUCGCUUAUAUAUGUGCUUCUUAAAGAACACAUCGCAGCUAAUGUGGACUAUAAGGUUAUUAUUUUCUGCACGACUGCUAUGGUCACAAGAUUGGUGGCUGAUCUGCUUGGUCAGCUAAGCCUGAACGUCAGAGAGAUCCAUUCUAGAAAACCGCAGAGUUACAGAACCAGAGUUUCUAAUGAGUUCCGCAAGUCCAAGAGUAUUAUCCUUGUAACAUCUGAUGUAUCUGCUCGGGGUGUCGAUUACCCUGAUGUGUCGCUUGUCUUACAGAUGGGAUUGCCAUCAGACAGGGAACAAUACAUACAUAGACUUGGCAGAACAGGUCGGAAAGGGAAGGAAGGGGAAGGUGUACUAUUGUUGGCACCAUGGGAAGAAUACUUCUUAUCUUCCGUCAAAGACUUGCCUAUUACCAAGUCUUCUCUACCGCCAAUAAACCCUGAGGCUGUGAAAAAGGUUCAGAAGGGGCUUGGCCAAGUGGAUUUGCAGAACAAGGAAGCUGCGUAUCAAGCGUGGCUGGGUUACUACAAAUCUCAGAAGAAGAUUGCAAGAGACACGACCAGACUGGUGGAGUUAGCCAAUGAGUUUAGCCGAGCUAUGGGACUUAGCACCCCACCAGCUAUCCCUAGAAAUGUUCUUGCCAAGAUGGGUCUUAGAAACGUUCCUGGUCUUAGAACCAAGUAGAUUUUUGAUUCUCUAAUGUUUUGCUUUUCUUUUUAAAACUUGCUAGUGUAAUAUUUCUUGUCAUUCUUACAACAGAAAAAAACUAUCGACACUUACCUCCUUAUGAAGGUCUUUUUGGGAAAUGGCUUGGGAUCAAUGAAUUUUAGUGUUUCACUUUAACUUAAAAAAAGGUAUAUUUCGAGCUUAAA